AUGCAUAAGAUCAGCGACAACGCGGAGAUUUUGGCAGUGACCAAGAAGUACCACAGCAGGCUGUACCAGAUGAUGAGCCUGUUCCGCAUGGCGUUCCCGCGGACGCCAAAGGAGACUCGCAGCACUCCGGUUGUCAUGUGGAGGCGAAAAUGUCAGACGGCUGCGGCAGUCGCGGAAAACCUCGCGGUGCUCAUUGGGUUCGCAGGUGGGAAGACCAAGAUCAUGAGGCACCCCGUGCAGGUCAUCAAAAGACAGACCAAGGACUCGAGCGGCAAAGGCCAGGCCGCCAGCAGCAUCAGCUACACCCAGCAGCAGGAGGUGGUCUACCUGCAUGGGGCGAUGGAUUACCACGGCCACGCACGCCGGCUUAACAUCUGCGCGGUCAUCGCCGAGCUCACCGACCAGAUCCAACACAAAGAGGGAUCUGGAUCGGCGAAGGCUGGCUUCCUCGGCCUGCAGGUGCAUCCUCCAGCCGAGCGGGUGGCGGACUACAUCGCGAUCAGGGUCAAGCUGCUAUUUGCUGGCGCCGAGCUUAGCCUGCACGUCGUGCAAGUCCUGGCGGAGGCUGCUGCGCCGCUCGGGAUGCUGUCGGGGCCGCGGGAUGCUCGCGAUUCCACGCCCGACGCGCGGGGCCCUGGCGGGAUCCGGGAGUUCGCGCAGCUCGAAGCUGCCAUGGGCCGUCGGCGCAGGGCGGCACGCGGCGCGUUCGGCUUGCUCACCAGCGCGCCUGCGCCGCGGUGCCGGCCGCGCUUCCGCCGGGGUCCGUCGAUGACCAGCCGGCCAACAGGCCCUGCGCUCGCCGUUGCCUGGCGGGAGUGCGCUGCCAGGGCCUGCGAGACCACUGUCGACGAGCUGCCGCUGGCUCGCCGUUGGGCCCGGGUGCUCGCUGCAGCGCGGCGCGCGGACCGCGCCCCCGUUGGGGCGCCCGAGGCCGCGCGCUCUUGGGCCGCAGCCCACGGCGACGCGAGGCGCUCCGUUGGCCUUGCCGCCUUGCGCCCCCUGGGCGACGCCCCCGACGCGGGUGCUCUGGAGCACGAGUGCGCCGAUGCGCGGAUCGAGGAGCUGCCAGCAGGGCGCGGCCUUGUCGCCUUGGCCCCGCCCUCCGAGCAGGGCGCGUGUUCACGUCUGCUCAUCGCCGCCCUCGGCGUCGCGGCCGACUCCGGCUUCGCCUCGCUUGGGCUCCAGAUGUUGUCGCAUGAGCCCAUGCUCAGUGCGUCGCAGCGGAGGGCUGCGCUGUCGCGGCUGUCUGGCCGCCCGGGCAAGCUUGGGCACCGGGAUGCGGCGAUCCAGGGGCCUUCGGCGCUCCGAGAGGCAUUUCUGCCCAUGGCCCUGGACGACACCAGUGCUAUGUUGAAGGGCGCUCUCUACGGCGCCUUCUACGCGGCCCUUCGGAACUCUUGCGACAGCGUCGAUUUGGGCGUCAUCAAGCGCGCACCGCAACCCGACUACCCGGCCAUGAUCUACAUCAUCCUGGACAUCAUUCACAGAGGCGCCAAGCCCAGACGGUUCACGACCGGAGUGCUGGCAAGUAUCAGCUGUUUCGCCAGAGGCUUCGCAACGGGCUACCACCGCAGCGGGGCAAAGCUGGCAAAACGGAGCGUUGCCACGGAGCGGUGGCCAGAUGCGGCGCACGUCCACAGGUGCGGCCAGGUGGGCCACUCCAUGGAGCUGCGCUGCAGGGUCUGCCGUGGGUUUGUGGCGGGCAACGCCGCCGACCUUGACCCUGGGCCCAUCGGCGCCGGCAUGCAGAGGCCGCUGGAUCGUGUAGCGAUAGGGGUCAUCGGCGAGAGGUUUCCACGACACCCGUGGCUAGUCGAGAACCGCGGCGAGACUGACAAGGGCGUACUACGAUGGAGCGCGAGCUACAUCAACGAGGCGGUCGGCACCCUUCCGAAGGGCUCGCAGCGUGCUUGCGUGGCCGAUCAAGAGCAGCAGCAGCUCCGUUCCGACGCCGAGCGCAUCCAGGCCACCCUGGCCAUGGCGAAGGUGGGUGGCGACGGGAUCACAUCGUACGACUCCGUCCCCAUCGUCUCCUUCGAAGUCGGCGACAGCGCGACUGCAGCUACACGACUGAAGUGGGGCGGCGCCGCCAUCGACAGGAGCGGGCACGGCGGGGCCGAGAUGGGCUUCCUGUCGUCCUGUCAGCACGUGGCCUGCGUGGAGACGUCCUGCGACCGCCUGGACGCGCUGGACCCCGCCGGCUGCACGGUGAGGCUCCGGCGGCCCGCCAAGCAGCCGCUCGAGGCCGCGAGCGCUCCCUCAGCGCGCACGCCGGCGGCGGCGGACGAGGAGGCCCCGGGCGACGAGGUCGCGCCAGUCUGCUCCUCCGGGGACGAGUCGACCGCUGCCGCCUCCAGCGGCGGCUCGUCCGGAGGAGAGGCCACCGAGGAGGGGCGCCUCUUCUGGUGGCAGCUGGACGCCCAGGACAAGGACGCCGUCUACCGCCGGCGGCUGGAGCGCGCCGCGCGCCUGGCGCGGGAGGAGGAGGAGCGCCAGCGGCGCGAGGAGGAGGAGGAGAGGUCCGGCUCGGACGAGGAGUUCGCCGACGCCCCGCUGCUCUGA